AUGGCCACCCAAGCUCCGGCUCCGCGUCCGUUGUGGGCCACUGUAUUCGACCGUGCCGUUGGGUGGUCACUCGGCCUUCCCUCCGAAACGUGCGGCUACACCUUCGAAAGUGUCAAGAUCCCCAUCUCAAAUGGCAUAGUCCUCGCUGCAGACCUCUACCGCCCCGAUGGCCAGGACCCCGCCGGCACCGUCUUGGUAAGAGGCCCCUACGGCCGCGGCAUCUUCUUCGGCAUGCUCAUGGCCCGCAUCUGGGCCUCCCGCGGAUAUCAAGUUCUCUUCGUGAGCUCCCGCGGGACUUACGGCUCCACCGGGGCAUUUGACGGCGGAUCCUCUGAAGCUCAAGAUGGGCAGGAUGUUGUAGCAUGGAUGAGGGAGCAGCCGUGGUACACCGGGACGUUCGCCACGCUUGGCGGAUCGUAUCUCGGCUUCACUCAAUGGGCUCUCCUGACGGACCCGCCGCCAGAUAUGGUCGCCGCAAUCAUGACGGUUGCGCCUCACGACUUCGCCGAACGCAUGUGGGGAACGGGCGCUUUCACGCUGCAACAGCAUGUGCAAUGGAGCGACAGCGUUGCGAAUCAGGAGACUCGCGGGAUCUGGGGUACAAUGCAGGCUUUCAGAAACCCCAACCGUCUUGACCCGCUGUUGAAGAACAUUCCUUUGGAGCCAGCGCUGAAGCGUCACUUUGGCGAAAAGGCACCUUGGCUGUUUGAGCAGAUCAAGCAGCCAGACUUGGAUCACCAGGUCUGGGCAGGCCAGAGGCAUGGCAGAGGCUUGGAGAAGGCCAACAUACCCAUCUACCUAGCCAGUGGGUGGUAUGAUAUCUUCUUCGAGCAGACUUUGGAGCAGUAUCAAGCUCUGACUCAACGAGGGUGUCCGGUUUCUUUGAGAAUUGGUCCCGGCGGUCACAUGGAAGCACAGGGCUCGGAAACCACGAGAGAUACCCAUCGGUGGUUGGAGGCCCAUCUCGCUCGGAAAAAGACUGCCCAAAGUGUCCCGGCAGUGAAGAUCUACAGGGGAGGAGAGGCUCCUGAAUGGCUUGAGUUUUCAAAAUGGCCUCCAGCCACGAGCCAUAAGGAGCUAUUUCUGGCUCCUGAGGGAAAGCUUGACGGUUUGCACUCGGCAAAUGGUGACACCUCCAGCUUCACCUUCGACCCCUCUAACCCGACACCGACCGUUGGGGGAGCCCUCCUGUUUGGAGGAGGUAGCGUGGACGAUACGGAAUUGUGCGCCAGAGAUGACGUCGUUACCUUCACUUCUGAGCCGCUGGCCGAGUCCCUCGAUAUUUUCGGACGGCCGUCUGUGGAUCUUGUACACUCCAGCAACAAUCCUUUCUGCGACUUAUUCGUUCGACUCAGCAUUGUGGAUGGCCAAGGCCGUUCUCACAACAUCACGGAAAGGUAUCGGCGGAUCGAAGCCAGCAGUGAAGGGAAGUUGAUCGACCUGGACCUCUCCGACACUGCGUACAGGGUUCCAGCAGGGUCGAGAAUUCGGCUUGUUGUGGCGGGUGCCUGCUUCCCCAAGUACAGCAUGAAUUUAGGCUCUGAGGAGGGCUUCGCAACUGGCACUGUGGUCCGGCCAGCUCGUCAUGCUAUUCACGUUGGCGGAGACAGCGACUCCUGUCUCGUACUUCCCGUAUUGAAGAACACGUAA